CAAAUUUAUUUCUAAAUUAUUAAAUUAAAGUGUGUAUGUGUAUGUGUGUAUGUGUGUGUGAAAUCUACGUACAUUUUAUCAAGUUCAAUCUGCGCAAAGGACAGAGUACGAUGUCAAGUUAUCAUGUUGAGAUCUCAGUUGUUGAAACUUGAUUAAAUUAAAAGCAAGACCGAAUCUACAUUGGAGAGAAGCACCAAUUGAAAUUGAUGAUCUCAUUUAACGCGCAAACAAGUUAAUUGAACUAUUCGUCAAGAUUGAAUUUGACGGCUCUUCAAAUAAAGCUAUGACAGGAUUGUAAUUACGACAAGAAAAUCCAUUACGCUUCUUCUUCGAGUUUCCGAUUGAAAUUCGGAACCGCGUGAUGCACGAUCGACAGAUAUAUCCCAAAAGUUGCAGUACUUCCAGCAUGACGAAUGUGCCAUGUACGAUAGAAAAAGUAAAAUAACGUUUACGAUAUAAGGAAUAUUUAUUGAAAAAGGUUUUUCGCGGAAAAUGCGUUGGAUUUUGUUGCCGUUGUUGACGUUGAUACGUGCAAUAUGGUGCGCGCACGGCGCCUGCGAGCCGAUCAGAAUCGAGAUGUGUCGUGGUCUUGGCUACAAUGUCACUGUCAUGCCGAAUCUAGUUGGUCACGAGAUUCAAGGCGAUGCCGAUUUUACCUUACAAACGUUCAGCCCGCUCAUUCAAUACGGAUGCAGCGCGCAAUUGCAUCUGUUCUUGUGUUCGGUGUAUGCUCCGAUGUGUACCGAGAAGGUCCCCGCACCUAUAGGUCCCUGUCGAGGUCUGUGCGAACAAGUGCGGGCACGCUGUUACCCGGUUCUUCAGGGAUUCGGUUUUCCCUGGCCCGCCGCAUUGAACUGUUCCAAGUUUCCACCGGAAAACAAUCACCAGCACAUGUGCAUGGAAGGACCGGGCGAGCCAGGACCAGCUAAUCCUAUUCAGGCGGUAAGCACCAGCAACGGACCUUGGGGCUGUUCCUGGUACGCCAAGUCUGGAUUAUACAUCUUCCUCAAUCGCUCUGGAAGAUGCGCCGCUGCUUGCGAUGCCGAUAUCCUUUGGUCCCAGAAGGACAAGAAGCUCGCGGAGGCCUGGAUGGCCGUAUUCGUAACGGUGUCCUUAGUCUCCGUCGCGAUCGCUAUCCUGACGUUAUUGAAGCCACGCAAACGACCUAUACUGACCAGCCCUGCAGAACGUGCAAUAGUCUUUUUGACUAUUUGUCAUGCGGCAGUCGCAAUUGGCUACGUGAUUCGAUUGGCUGCCGGCCGGCUAAACGUCGCCUGCACUCCUGCGAUUCAGUUACAUCCACAGGAACAAGCUGUCUUGGCCCAGCAACAACAGCAACUGCAGCAACAGCAGCAACAGUACCUAACGCAAGACGGCCUAGCUAAUCCAUAUUGUGCCGUCGUUUUUCUGCUACUCUAUUAUUUUGGAAACGCAGCGAUCGUUUGGUGGGUCGUGAUAUGCGCGUGGUGGUGCAUAAUGGCCAGAAAAUGGACGAGAACGGCUGGCAACUACAAGGAGGAUAGUUUCGGACUGCAGCAGGGAUUCUCAACCAUAGCCACAGUCGCAGCCUGGAGCCUUCCCGCUGCGCAUACUAUCGCCGUACUGGUCACGAGGGAUGUCGACGCCGACGAGUUGACUGCAAGUUGUUUCGUCGGUCAGCAGAACGCGCAUUCCCUUCUGGUAUUAGUGCUGGCGCCGCAAUUCGUCUAUCUGUCGUUCGGGGCAACGUUCCUUUUAAUUGGCUUGGCAACAUUGGUAUUACCGCGGCGCCCGACGGUGACGCCGACGUCGACGUCGAUGUCGACAACAUCGUCGUCUUCAUCGACGGCAGCGGCGGCAGCGGCAGCGGCAGUUUUAACGGCGCUAACGGCGUCCCACGCGAAUCCAUUGCGUUCGCAGCGAAGUGAAAUCUCCGGCAAAUCAUCCCCAGGAGAAAUUCACCGGCGACAAAAGCAGUUAUUGACUCGCGUCGGCAUAUUCGGUUGCCUCUACGCCAUCCUGAUCAUUUGCCUCGCCAGCACGACUUUCUAUGAAUGGUGGGGAAGAGAAACGUGGCUCCGAGCACCGGAACCGUCAACGGCACCUCGCGUACCUGCUCGUCCUCUGUUGCAAGUUUUCAUCCUACGAUUAGUAGUGACCCUCGGUGCCGGUGUGAUGGCCGCCGCGUGGAUCUGGUGGCCGGAAGUACCGAAUGCUUGCCGCAAGCUGCCGCACUGCAAACAACCUCCGCAUAAAUGCCAUCCCGUCCCCCUUGUACACACCUGCCAAUAUAACGCUGCCAAUCCUAUACCUCAUCAGAUUCACCAUCUCGCUCAUCUAACGCCGCCGCAGCAUCCUCUAUUGCAUCAGCAUUCAACGUUAACCAAUUCGCAAUUGCCACAUAGGAACCAUAAGAAUAAGAAGCAUCGGAAACACCGGAAACAUUAUCAUUCCGGUAGCGAAACGCAAGUUUGAACUUUGAACUAACACGUUAGUUGUUUCUUUUGUGCCUUAGUUUUGUCGCGUCGCGUCACACCCAAUUCGAUAUGAACACCCUGUACAUUAAGCGAUAUUUCGAAGCUGAUCUCUUACUUGAGAUCAGUUCAAGUCUCGUAUUAGGUACUUAUUGUUAGUCUUAAAACUCCAUCCAGAGUCAGCGACGACGUACAAUAACAUUUGUAGAUAUAUACGAUGGUAGUCGAAAUGAUCUUACAAUGUGUGUAAGCUCGGACUGCCGGAAUCAGGAAUACUGCCCAUUAGAAACGAAUUAUAUACUACAAAGUAUAUAAUAUACUUUUGUAUUUGCCUGUCAAACUUUCUCAUCACAUUUUUCUAUGCACAUAAAUAAUCUAUUUCAAGUUAUUUAGCAUUUUAAUGACACACGUCGAUUCGACCCUUGUUACUUAAUGAAUCUCUUUUUUUUCUUCCCAUAAUAGUACAGUAAUAGUACAGUACAUAAAUUUAUAAUAGCAUUUUUCCAAUUUAU